AUGGUUAGGCUUCGGGCAGCCGUGCCAUUGCUGGCAGCGGCCUUCGGUGUAAUUGUCUCUGCCAAGGUUGUUCCUGGCGCAUUCAUUUUUGAGUUCGAAGACGACCAGGAUACAGCUCCAGCUUUGGACACUGUUCGCAAAAAUGGCGACGUUAGAAUGGAUCUCGACUUUGAGCUGUUUAGAGGCAUAUCGGUCCAGCUGCAUGACCUCGAGAAAGCCAAUAAACUCGUGGACGAGCUGGCUGCUCUGCCUAGCAUUAAGAGGUGGUGGCCUGUUACCUUGCAUAAUGUUCCCGAUGCCCAAGUUCACUGGGCGGGAAAUCCUGACAGGGAGAAGAUCCUCCAGGCUCGAGACAACUCAACGCUGACAAACAACUUUUCGCCUCAUUUCAUGACUCAAAUCGACAAGCUGCAUGCCAAGGGAUACACCGGCAAGGGUGUCCAUGUUGCUGUUAUCGACACUGGUAUUGACUACAAGCACCCCAGUCUGGGGGGAUGUUUUGGAAAAGGAUGCCUGGUCACGAAGGGGUUCGACCUUGUUGGCGACAAAUUCGACGGGAAAAAUGCACCGAUACCAGACGACGACCCUAUGGACUGCCAAGGACACGGUUCCCACGUUGCCGGCAUCAUUGCCGCGACCGACGAGAAAUUCGGCUUCACCGGCGGUGCGCCAGGGGUAACUCUCGGCGCCUACCGCGUUUUUGGCUGUGCCGGCACAGUCUCGUCUGAUGUCAUCAUUGCAGCAAUCAACCGAGCCUAUCUGGACAACGCCGACAUCAUCACAAUGUCCAUUGGAGGCCCAAACGGCUGGAAGCAAAACGCGUGGGCCGUCACGGCCAGCCGCAUCGUAGCCAAGGGUGUCAUUGUCACCAUUUCUGCGGGCAAUGAAGGCAGCCAAGGCAUCUUCUACGCAAGCUCGGGCUCUUCCGGUGAAGGUGUGGCGGCCAUUGCCUCGUAUGACAAUAUGCACAUGCCUACGUUGGUAUACUACGGCAAUGUCACUGUGGGCGCCGACAAACCUCAAGAGUUUCCAUACGUGCUCGGGAACCCCGACAAGUUCGACAUCACCCUGCCUCUCUGGGUCGAUACCUUUAACACAUCGGUGGCCGCGGAUUUGUGUUCCAGUCUCCCUGAGGACACGCCCGAUUUAAGCAAGUACAUAGUCCUUAUCCGCCGAGGCACCUGUAGCUUUAAAGAAAAGAUCUCCAAUGCCGCCGCCAAAGGAGCCCAGUAUGUCAUGUUCUACAACUCAGUCGACGCCCAUCCCACGCAACUGAAUGUCAAGAAAGAUAUCCCCGGAAGCGUCAAAGGGGUCGGCUUUGUCGACAAGAAAACGGGCAAGGAUUGGGUCCAACAGCUUGAGGCAGGCAGCAAGGUCACCGUGGCCCUCGGCUCAAGACUAGACACGAAACGCAUUGUCAAGGACCUCAACAAUACCGCCUCUGGAGGCACCGUCAGUGCCUUUAGCAGCUGGGGCCCGACGUGGACAAUGGACGUCAAGCCUCAGUUUGGUGCCCCCGGCGGGCAUAUUCUGUCCACGUACCCCCGGGCAAAGGGCAGUUAUGCCGUUAUCAGCGGCACCUCAAUGGCCUGCCCCCUCACAGCCGCCAUCUACGCCCUGCUCGUGGAGGUUCGCGGCACGAGGGACCCUGUGUUGCUCCAAAAGCUGCUGUCCGCCAAUUCCAAGCCGCAGGUGUUCAACGACGGCGCCAUCUUCUACGACAGGCUCGCGCCUGUUGCCCAGCAAGGCGCCGGUCUCAUCCAGGCGCACGAUGCCGCCUUUGCCACGACGCUCCUCGAGCCCUCGAGCCUCUCCUUUAACGAGACGACGUACUUUGCCCCCAGCAAAAACUUCACACUCACCAACCACGGUGACAGCAAAGUCACCUACGAAAUCUCCUAUGUGCCCACCCUGACCGCGGCAGCCUUGAAGCCAAACGCCAAAUCCGUCACCGUCUUCCCCGGCGAGUUCUACACCGACUCGGCUGCCAUACGCUUCAGCGAAUCCAAAGUCACCCUCGCAAAGGGCGAAACAGCCACCGUCGAGGUGCUCGCCACGCCCCCAAAGACCCUGGACGCUUCCCUCCUCCCCGUAUGGUCCGGGUACGUGCGGGUCGACGGCACAGACGGCACGUCCCUCUCGCUCCCGUACCAGGGCCUCGUCGGCUCGCUCCGCAACCACACCGUCCUCAGCCCCGGCACGGCAUACAUCGCCGGGGCUAACGACAAAUACAGGAGGCCCGUGGCUGCCAACGCCGUCUUCACCAUCCCGCGGCCCGGCUCGACCAACAAUGCGGCGCUGCCCGUCGUCGUCUACACCCCCCACCUGGGCAGCCGCCUGUUGCAGCUCCGCGUCGCGCGCGUCUCCAAGAGGGGCGCCCUGACGCUCAUCGGCCAGAUCAAGGGUUCCCCGGUCCAGUAUGUCUCCCGCGCGAAAGACGCGCUCAUCUGGGACGGCCGGCUUAACGAUGGCAUGUACGUGCGGGAGGGAACGUACAGGAUAAUAGUCAGGAUGCUGAGGCUGUACGGCGACGAGAAGGACGCCACGGCCUGGGAUGAGAGUGAGACGCUGCCGUUUGUCAUCAGGUAUGCCUAG